AUCCAGCCCUGGUGCUAAUCAGCUGUUUGUCAGAAAACACCAUCGUCUUCUUGAUUUUGGAUUCUCCUAAAAUAAAUAUAAAAUAUGCAACGAUUUAUGAAAGUAUUUGGCCAACAGACGUGUAAAGUUAUUGGCAUGAUUCACGUUGAUGCACUGCCAGGAACUCCACGCUAUGGCGGAAACUGGAAGCAGACGAUUGAAAAGGCCAUCUUCGAGGCCAAUCUUUACAAGAAACAUCAACUGGACGCCGUGUUGAUUGAGAACAUGCACGAUAUUCCCUACGUACCGGAAAGGCAUUUGGGAGCAGAAAUAGUGGCUUGCAUGACGCGACUGGCACGAGAAGUACGAAGUGUUAUACCCAAGGAGACUCCGUGUGGCGUCCAGGUCCUGGCUUGCGGGAAUAAACAAGCAUUGGCUAUUGCCAAAGCCAGCCAACUGCAAUUUAUACGCUGUGAGGGAUUCGUUUUCGGUCACGUGGCGGAUGAAGGAUACACGGAUGCCUGUGCCGGGGAUUUGUUGCGGUAUCGGAAGCUUAUCGAUGCCGAGGAUGUCCUGGUUUUCACUGAUCUCAAGAAGAAGCACAGUUCACAUGCCAUAACCGCAGAUGUCAACCUGCUCGAGACAUCCCACGCUGCCGAGUUCUUUAUGACAGAUGGCAUUAUAAUCACGGGCACAGCCACUGGCCAUGCCGCCAGCCCCGAAGAUCUCCAACAGUUGUCCGGUAAAGUAAAGGUUCCUCUGCUAAUUGGUUCUGGAAUUACCAAGGAUAACAUUAAAAGUUACUAUAAAGAUGCCCAUGCCGUCAUAAUUGGUUCGCAUUUCAAGAAAAACGGAAACUGGCUUAAGGAGAUCAGUGACCAGGCUGUCGAAGACUUCAUGCGCGAGAUAUGUAAGCUGAGAAACUCCAGUUAAAUAAAUUGUUAAUGUUUUUAUUAGCGAUGAUGAUAAUGGAGUAAACGAUGAUUAUUUUAUACGA